AUGAAUUUAUCAAAGUGUUUGUUAAUCACCCUCCUAGGUGUAGCUUUAUUGUUGGCAGUGUCCUUCCUUACGCUCUAUUUAACGAGGAAGUCAACGAAAGAAGAAUCAGAUGAACCCGAAGAGUCGCUUGAACAAAAAUCGAAAGCAAUAUCGGACAAAUUGGAAAAACAGCUGGAGGAAAACAGGAAGGAAAUGAUGUCGGAGUUGGAAAAACAACGCGAGCAGUACGUGAAGCUGUCGCAAGAAAGGUUCCAGGCGGACAUAAAGGGCCUGAAGAGCAUGUACCCUUACAUUGAGGACAAGAAAAUCGUUAUUCCAGAGGUAAUGGAUCUGGAGCUUAUGCUGGACGUGAACCUGCCGGAACUGGGAGAAGUGACAUACUACAAGGUGAAGGACCAGAAAAUCACAGUCGUUAGAGGACAGAGAGAAAACGUCGUCAAGUUUACACACCAGAGACCAGUGGCAACCUUCAACGUGGCCAGCGUGCAAAUCGAAGGAAAGUCUUACCCAGUGCCCAGAGUAAACGACGUGACGCUCCUCACCUCAAUGUCGCUGCUCUCGGACAUCAGGUACCCCUACUUCCUCAUCAUCUCACCGACCGGAAAGACGCCCAUUUUAUUCGAGAACAUGGGCGACAGGUUCGAGCACAUGGAUAUGCCGGUGGACAACUUCGAGGACUCGAUGAGGCAGAAGGCGAAGGAGUUUGGAAGAGAUAUAGUUACGUCGCCGGAGCCGGCGCCCACGCCUGCACAAAUGCCCGAAAGCGAGCCUGAGCCAGUAGUGCCAGAGGAGAGAGAAGCAGUGGUAUUUAACCUCACAGCAAACAAAAAUUUCAAAGCGGGCUCACUGGAGUUCGAGGCAAACAUAGCCGACCAGUUCAAUAAAUACACAAAGUACUUCUACCUGGACACAGACCAGGGCUUCCAAGCAAAAUCAUACACAGCCAACGGGCAGGAGCAAACGGGCCUGCCACUAAACAAAAAUCUACACUCAAUCCUAGUAUACAUGCUAAAGGGCACAAAUGGCCCGCCACUCGUAGUAAAGAUAUCGUAUCCAAAAGAAACGGAAUAUUACAGAAACGACCUCAACAACAGAUGGGUGCUAAUGGACGGGAGUCACCUGGAGGAGAGUUUGGACUACACGAACUCGCUGGUGCACGACACAGCGGCGGUGAACCUGGCAAGACGCUCAGACUACUACAGAAACGGAGGAGGAGACUCGAACGUGGAGACCACGAAGGACGUCAACGUCUACGUGGACACAGAUAAGCCUAUGGCUGGCUGGAGCACGUUCAUCCACAAGCUGGAAAUGGAGGAAGGAGAGGACCGCGUCUUCACAGUAACGCACCUCCUCUUCGGAAAGGGCCAAUCGCAGACGAGGGAGAUUAAAAAUUGCAGACAGGUGCAAGUGUUCAUGAGGUCGGACGACCCGACGCUGAUACCGCAGGUCAUCUGCGCGAGGUACGCAGACGGCACGUACGAGUACCUGGUAUACGACGGGUCAUCGCAAUACGUGCUCGACAGUUCAAUAACCAACGAGAAUCUUGUAGAUAAACUGACCAGCCUUGAAUCGAAAACAGUAGCCUAA